UUGAGGGGGCGAAAAAGAGGACCUAAAAAGGGUUCGAAGAGAAACUCCCGUAAACCAGAAUCAUCUAAAGGACAAAGAACAUUAUUCGAAUACAUUGAGAAACCACCAGAGCCAGAACCGCAAAUUCCGAUCGAAAGACAUGAAGAAGAAUCAUUUGAUGAACCCGAACCAAACAUUUUAGAAGAAACAAAAGAAAAACUAGUCAACUUCGUUAAAAUACAUCAACUAAAUGAAAUUUUAGUUUAUUUUCAAUUUCCUGAUCACUUCCUUUUAAGAUUUUCUCUCGCUGAUAUUAAAUCACUAUAUGAAGCUGUGCAGAAUGAGAUGAUAAAUGAGUUCGGAGCUCCACUUUCACCGAGUUUAUUCCCACAACAUUUAUGGAGUGAUACUGAACCACCAAAUUCUUUUCAAUCUAAUAGUCAAAGCCAAGCAGACUGA